GUUUAUUACUUAACAACAAUAAAAAAUAAAAAUUUAUAAUUUUAUUGUUUAAUCAUGGAAGACGAAUUAAACCAAGACGAGGAAUUGCAUCCAUCAGAGCUAGGAACAUUACAAUACUGGGAAAAAAUAUAUGAAGAAGAAAUUAAUAAUUUCGAAGAUCAUGGUGAUGUUGGUGAAGUCUGGUUUGGUAAACGAACAACUGAAAAUAUUGUCAAGUCAAUCAACGAUAAACUAGAUAUAUCAAAAUCCGAUAAAAUUGUUGAUGUAGGAUGCGGAAAUGGUUGGACACUUGUACAACUUGCAAAAAAAGGUUUUACAAAUUUAAUUGGUGUUGAUUAUUCAUCAAAAGCACUGGAUUUAGCAAAAGCAGUAUUGAUUGAAAAUAAAAUUGACAAAUCAAUUGUUAAAUUAAUGGUAUGUGAUAUUCUUGUUACUGAUAAAUCGAAAAAUCCACUUGAUAAUAAUUUUAAAUUAGUACAUGAUAAAGGUACUUAUGAUGCAAUUAGUUUAAAUUUUGAUAAUUCAAAAUUAAUGCGUGAAAAUUAUAUUAAAAAUAUUCAUAGUAUAUUAUUACCAGAUGGUUAUUUAACAAUAUCAUCAUGUAAUUGGACAAAAGAUGAAUUAAUUAAACAUUUUAAUUCACAUUUUGAUGAAUUUUAUACAAUACAUACUCCAGCUAUGACAUUUGGUGGUAAAACUGGCUCAUCAGUAACCAGUGUGUUUUUUAAAAAAAAAUAAUUAAUAUUAUUUGAUUACUUUAUUUUUUUGGUGCAUUAAAUAUUGUAUGUUUUUUUUCUUAUUUUUUUUUUUCAUUUAUUUUGUACAUUAAAUAAUAAAAUUAAAAUAAAAUUUGAUGUACAUCAAGUGCAUGACUUAGCGUUACAUUUUUAACAUACAAAUAUUAGAAAAUACAGUGAUUAUUAUUAUGAUAUAAAUGAAAUAUUUUUUUACGAUAACAAUAUUAUUAUCACAAAGCAUAAAAAGAUAAAAAUUAAAAUUUAUAAAUUAUAUUUUAUUACAUGUAAAUUAAAUAUUAUUUUUAUUCUAAUAUUUUUUAUUCAUAGACUUUUUUUUGUAUUUUGAAAAUUCAAUUUUGGAAGUUUUAUUUAUUACUGAUGGAAAUAAUUAUACACAUGCUUUUAAAGCUAAUUUUUUAUCUUUCGAUAUAAUUUUAAAAUUAAUAUUACAAUUAAAUUUUGAAAGGUUUAUAUAUAUUAUUUUAUUUUUUAUUGUUUUUCUUGGUGAUUUUUAAUUUAUCCAUGAAUCUUCUCACUUGAUAUUAUCCUCGGUUAUUAAUUAAUUAUUAUUAUUACUAUUUUAAUAUUAAUAAUUAAAUUAUAUUUUGUUUAAGAAUAGCUCAGAGUUUUUAAUACAACUAAAGCAAAAAUUAAAAUAAUAGUCGGUUGAUUCCUGAGCAUAGAAAAACUCCCUGUAAUUUGAAGAAAGAAAAAAGCAUUUAUAUAUAAUUUCGUUGAUUAAAAAUACGAGUUUAAUUAUGCAGUCAAAUAUUUAAAAAAAAAUGACAAUAAAAUAAUUUAAAUUUAAAAGUUUAAUAAACUUGUUAAUUAAAUUAUUUUUAAAAUUUUAUAAAAUUUAUCAUUACCAUUGCAUCUUAAAUUUUCUUCGUAAUAUCCCUCAAGACAGGCGCAUUUUUUUCCUGAAGAUGUGUUGUUACCCUGAAUACAGUGAGCACCUUCACCACAUUCAGCAUGAUCUUUACACGGUGCUCGAACAGCUAUAAAUAAAUUAUUAUAUGAAUAAUUCAUAGACUAUAAUAAAAUCAAUGUUUAUAAUGAUAAAGAUAUUCAAACAAACAUGAUCAGAUUUAUUUUAAAUGCUAUUAAAAUUUUCACAAAUUGCAGUACGUCACGCAAAUUUAACAAGAUCAAUGUACACCUGUAUUUUUGUUAAAAUCAAUUCAUCAACAAUCAACAAAAACCCCUUUUUUUUUUUCAUUUUUAUAUAUUCUCUUGUACAUUUGCCAAAGUACAAUAUAUGUUGCUAUCUUUUAACAUAAUACUUACAAAGGUUUAAAAUAAAAAAUAAACUUGCUAAAAAUUUACAUAGAUAAUAAUAGAGUCAAGUUUACUUGGCAUAUUACAUUUACGCACGUGA